UUUUAAAGCACAAUUGAUUUAUUGUUAUAAUUAUUAUAGUUGUUCUUGUCGUUGUUGUUGUUAUUCGAAUUGCACGCAAUAGACUUUUGCCAGCUGUUCGUUGGAGCGAAAUUGCGGUAAAAGCACAAUACACGAAAAUUGGAAAAUCCAAUAAAAAAAAGCGAGAGUGUACUUGUGGCUGUAUCUGUGUGUGUAAGCGGGGCCCCGGUCAACGUCCUGCCUGAAAGUAGGGUUAUGUACGCCCGUAUCCUCGCUGCUGCUAUCGUCGGCUGCUGCUGAAGGUGAGCGAAGGACAUUGCGCCUACCGGCUGCUAUACAACGUAGUAAAGGCGACCCACUGAGCCACAACUGAUUCUAAAAAAAAAAUACCAACACACACAAAAGACACUCAACAUGCGCAUUUUUCCUGUACGCCUCUCGGCCGCCUCGUCCUCGAUGGCGAGCCUGGCCAAAAUGUUGGAUUUCUACUCGAGCUUCAAUCCGUCGCCGUUGUCAAUAAAACAGUUUAUGGAUUUUGGUCAAAAUGCAUGCGAAAAGAAAUCCUUUAUAUUUCUGCGCAAGGAGCUGCCCGUGCGGCUGGCGAACAUCAUGAAGGAGAUCGCCCUGCUGCCCGACAAUCUGCUGCACACACGAUCCGUGAGCGAGGUGAGCUCGUGGUAUGUGAAGAGCUUCGAGGAUGUGCUGGAGUACGAAAAGGUGGAGCCCACGCACGAAAAUCUACAAAAAUUUGUUCGCGAUUUGGAUCUCAUUAGGAAUCGUCACAAUGAUGUGGUGCAGACCAUGGCGCAGGGCGUCAUCGAGAUGAAGGAGAACGAGGGCGGCAAUGUGGAAGCGCCCACGGAGAGCUCCAUACAAUAUUUUCUCGAUCGGCUCUACAUGUCGCGCAUUAGCAUACGAAUGCUGAUCAAUCAGCACACUCUGCUGUUUGGCUCCAGUCCGCAUUCGCAGGGCCGCCACAUUGGCUGCCUGGAUCCCGCCUGCGAUAUCUCCGAUGUGGUGCGCGACGCCUACGAGAAUGCGCGCUUCCUCUGUGAUCAAUACUACUUGACCAGUCCGGCUCUGGAGAUCCAGCAGCACAGCUCGACCGACGAGGCCAUACCCAUACGCACUGUCUACGUGCCUUCGCAUUUGUACUAUAUGCUCUUUGAGCUGUUUAAGAACUCGAUGCGCGCCGUUGUCGAGCAUCACAACCAGGACAGCAGCGACUCGCUGCCGCCGCUCAAGGUGCACAUCUGCCGCGGCAAGGAGGACAUUUGCGUCAAGAUCUCCGAUCAGGGCGGCGGCAUACCGCGCUCCCAGUCCGAUCAGCUGUUCAAGUACAUGUACAGCACAGCGCCGCAGCCAUCCAAGUCGGACUUGCACACGGUGCCGCUGGCUGGCUAUGGGUACGGCCUGCCCAUCUCCCGGCUCUACGCACGCUAUUUCCAUGGCGACAUUGUGCUGCUGUCCUGCGAGGGCUUUGGCACCGAUGCCAUUAUCUACCUGAAGGCGCUUUCCGAUGAGGCCAACGAGCUGUUGCCCAUCUUCAAUAAGACGAGCUCAAAGUUCUAUAGGGCCACGGUGCCCACAGGGGACUGGUCCAAUCAGGUAAAAUACGUUAAGAAGAAGACGAGCGUCGUUCGCCAAUAAGACAGGCUGUGCCAAUGUGUGUGCGUGUGUGUGUGUGUGU